AAACACAUUCUUUUGCAACAGACAACUCUGUUAUACACUCUCUUUUGCCCCCCCCCCAUACACUCGCUAACCAGACCAUCGGUCGGACCACAUUCGUUAUACUUCCCAACGGAGUUUCGUACUUGAUAAUUACACACUCUCUUAUAUAAUAUCACCCACCGUGCAUAAUACAGCAGCUCCAUCAAGAUGAGGACCGCAACUUACACCAGCGCCUGGCUAGCCGCCGCAGCCCUUGUUAGCGCACACGGAGAUUCGGCCGGCUUGCCGAGGCUCCUCGGCCGCCAGGCGCAGCGUCUUGGCCUCAACCCCGUGCACACCCGUGCCGUGCCGGAAGUGCAGCCACGCCAAGCCCGCUUCCCGGUUGCGGGCGGCGCUGUGGUCGAAAAGCGUGCGGGAAUCCAAUCUGGCGACCAGUGCGGCCCCGGCUUCGGCAGCUGCGCGGCGGGGCUUUGCUGCAGUCCCGAGGGAUGGUGUGGCAAUGAGAUCACGUCCUGCCAGGCGCCCGACUGCUUGUUCCAGUACGGACCGGCGUGCGACGCCAACCAGACGCCGGCGGGCAAGUCGACGGCCAGCAUCGCGCGUCCUCAACUGGGCAGCGUUCCUUAUGGCGGGGCGGGCAUCUACGACUGCGUCAACAACGGCGUCAUGGCGCUCACGUUUGACGACGGACCCUUCAUCUACACCGAGACGAUCCUGGACAUUCUCAAGUCGUACAACGCCAAGGCGACCUUCUUCAUCACGGGCAACAACAUCCACAAGGGGGCCAUCGACACGCACUGGGCGUCGGUGAUCCAGCGCAUGGCCAGCGAGGGCCACCAGAUCGCCAGCCACACGUGGUCGCACCAGAACCUGACGGCGCUGACGACGGCGCAGCGCCAGGACCAGAUGGUCAAGAACGAGAUGGCCUUCCGCAACAUCCUGGGCUACUUCCCGACCUACAUGCGCCCGCCCUUCUCCGAGUGCGACGCGGCCUGCGAGAGCCAGCUCAAGAAGCUGGGCUACCACAUCACCUACUUCGACCUGGACACGGCCGACUACCUCAACGACUCGCCGCUGCUGAUCCAAAACUCCAAGAACAACUUUGACAACGCCGUCGACGGCCAGGUCGUGAGCCAGAGCGACUUCCUCGUCAUCAGCCACGACAUCCACGAGCAGACCGCCCACAACCUGACCGCCUACAUGCUCGAGCGCAUGAAGACCCUCGGCUACCAGGCCGUCACCGUCGGCGAGUGCCUCGGCGACGCCCAGGCCAACUGGUACCGCCAGGCCGGCGGGCCCAACCCCCAGCCCCAGACCUCGUACACCGCGCCCUCCACCUCCACCACCGCCACCGCCGCCAGCUCCGCCGCCCCCUCCCCGACCGGCGCCCUCAAGGCCUCGCCCGACGCCACCUGCGGCGGCAACACCGGCAACACCUGCGCCGGCUCCGGCUUCGGCAACUGCUGCUCCCCCAGCGGCUGGUGCGGCUCCACCGACGAGUACUGCGGCGCCGGGUGCCAAAAGUUCUUUGGCAGCUGCGGCAUGUCCUCGGGCCCGUCGUCGUCGUCCGCCGCCACCGUCAAGUCCGCCUCUCCCACAUCGUCGGCAUCGUCUUCCACGUCGUCGUCCCCGUCGACUGCCAAAAAGGUGAAUCCGUCUCCCGUCGCCCCCUUCAACAACGGCACCGCCCCCUCGUCGUCCUCGGUCGUCCUCGGCUCCACCUCUUCCUCCGCUGCCCCCGCUAACCAGUCUCCCGUGCUAAAGGUCUCUCCCGACGCAACCUGCGGCGGCAACACCGGCAACACCUGCAAGGGUUCCGCCUUUGGCAACUGCUGCUCCGUCAACGGCUGGUGCGGAUUCACCACCGCCUACUGCGGUUCCGGAUGCCAGAAGGGCUUUGGCACUUGCAACUAAAAGAAAAUAGACAGUUGGGGGGGAAAAUAAGAAAAGGGGGGGUGGCCUCUUUUUUUGGGAUAUGAAGCCAUGUUUUGUCUCCUUUUCAACAUAAAAAAAUGUCUUGUUUUCUUUUUUGGGUGGG